AUGAGCUAUCAAAUUUCUGGCCCGCCGUUAAUUUCAUCAUGGAUGAUGCUCUCAGUAAGCGAAGCUCGAAAUGAAAUCGACGAAUCAAAAAUUGUGAUUCCCGGAAAUUCAGUAUCAGAUGCGCCACAGCAUUUUCUUAGGGGUCAUGGAACGUAUAUUCGCGACGGUGAAAUUGUGUCAACACUUUCCGGUGUUGUCCAUCAGCUCAAUCGGUUGCUGAUGGUGAAGACGAUCAAACAAAGGUACGGCGGUGAAGUCGGAGAUGUGGUCAUUGGCAGAGUCGUCGAGAUUCAAGCGAAGCGCUGGAAGGUCGACAUCAAUUCGCGGUUGCACGGAAUUUUGGCGCUUGGAAGUGUGCUGCUGCCCGGCGGUGAUUUCCGAAGAAAAGACGUCGAGGAUGAAGGCAAAAUGAGCGAAUUCUUGAAAGUUGGUGAAUUGAUUUGCGCCGAAGUGCAGCAAGUUCAACACGAUGGAACUUUGAUACUUCACACAAGAAACAACAAAUACGGCAAAUUGAGGCAAGGAAUUCUUAUAAAGGUGCCUCCACAUCUCAUCAAAAGGACAAAGGUGCAUUUCCACACAUUACCAUACGGAAUGGCCAUUAUUAUUGGGUGUAAUGGUUGUGUCUGGGUGACAACUGCACUUCCAGAAACCCAUCAGGAGGAGGAGAAUUCAUUAGUUCACGAUUAUGAAAAGGUUGCCUCUGAUACACGACAGGCAAUUAUUCGUAUCGCCGCUUGCGUGCGCCUUCUUCGUGAUUACUCGAUCUCGAUAUUUCUGAACUCGAUUACAACGUGCUACGAAAUGAGCGAGCCCUAUGAGAUCCGGGAACUAUCCGACCAGGAAACGUCAUCUCGUCUUGCGUACCUCGUCGCAGCUCGAUUACUUCAAGAACAACAACAGAAAUCGUGA